AUGCAGCCAGAGAAACGAUCCAUCACCUCUUUCGGCGACAAGGAGACGCCCAAUGAUGAAUACACAAACUUUCAAGCAUUUCUGGACAUCUUCGGCACCUGGGACAAUGAGACCUUCUUUAAUACGCGCCGCAUCAUGUAUAUGCGUCGAUGUUAUUUCCAUACGGAAGCGAAUAUGCCACAGAUGGGCUCCAUUUACACAUUCCCCAACUGCAUUACCAGAUGCCGCAUACGCAGCAUAAUUGCCCUAUGCAAGUGUCUGCCCUUCCAGAUGCCCCUGGAAUUGGUGGAGAGCUUCGACGGACUUGUUUACUGCACGCUUGCCCAUGUCGCUUGCCUCUCCAAUUACCAAUUUAAGUGGAAUAAUGUACUGACCCAGAGACUUCGGAUUCCGGGCCUGGAGCGCGAGUCAGAGGAAGCCUUGUUCUGCCCGCAGUGCCUGCCUUCGUGCAACGAUGUUCAGUACAGUGUUUCGCUCAACGAGCUGCCAAUCGAUACUUACCUGGCGAACCUAUCACCUGACGAAGUCGACACUAGCCUGGGCACCGAUUUGUCCGUCCUGAGAGUGUUUUUUGGAAAGCCGAAUGCCAAUUACUAUAUGCGACUGUUGAACAACGAAUGGUUUGAGAUCUUCAGUAAGUGUUUGAAACGUUAG